AUGUCAGCCGGACAGAGACAGCCGGAGCCGCUUCGUCGAAUCAUAACAACACAUGAUCCCACAAGCGGCCGAGCUAUCUUCAGCGACGCGGUUGGGGAGCAGGUAUCGUUUACUGGAUUCCCGGUUCCCCCCGGCAAGCCCACAACCUCAGAUUAUGCACUUGCCUAUAACACAACUACAUUUCCGGUGCAGGGGCUUUCCCCUCCAACAUCUGCAACCCAAGAAUCCAAAGCCAACCUCGAUAUUAAGCACUAUCACUCUCAGCUCUCGGAUCCAUCACCUUUGAAUCCGCCAAAUGGCACCUCUUGCACUAUUGUUGAGGUACCUCCGGGCUCAGCGGUCCCAAUGCACCGAACAGCGACUCUUGACUACGGUGUCGUAAUGGAUGGUACUACAGAACUAGUCCUUGAUUCCGGUGAAAAGAAAUUAAUGACAAAGGGUGAUGUAUUUGUUCAACGAGGUACAGCCCAUGCUUGGCGAAAUUUGACAUCAAAGCAUGACAAUUCUGGUAUUUUACGUGUCUUUUUCGUGUUUCAACCUAUCGAACAGGUGCGAUUGGAAGGCGGAAAGGUCAUCGGCCAGGACUUGAAUUUGUCUCUGCAUGAGACUUGA